AUGGCCGGGGAAGCUAAGAGAUCUACAAAAAAUCCACAUCAUCUGGGCAAUGGGCCAAUAAGAUUUUUAACUAAAAGUGCACCGGGCGAUGGCGGCAGCAUUGUUACGCGGCCGCGUAAUACGGCUCCGACCGCGGCCGAGAGAAUGCUACUGCUGCUACUCUUGUUGCAUAACGCGAUCGCCUCCGACUUCAGUGAAGAUGCGAAUUAUACACUUAAGCGCAUUUCCUCAUGUCCGGAUGAAGGUUACUUCUUCCAGCAGGCCUUCGGGUUGAACGAAUUGGAUCCCUCGCUCUGCUAUAUCUGUUUCUGCAAAACAGACGGUAUCGCAGUCUGCUGGCGGAGAAGCGGCUCACGGUGCGAUAGGAAGUCGCACAGGAGUGAGGAUAGAAGAGUUUAUAGGCCUCGACGCAGCUCAGUGGUUACGGAAAUACCUCAGAAAAACUCUCCUGCAAAGUUUUACAGCCAACGAUCUUCAUAUGACUGCAAACCCAUUGGAUCCAGUCUGAGCAAAGGUUGUCCUCCUGAUGACUGGUGCCUCGGAUGUACACUUUGCGACUGCGAUGUCUCAGGCCGUUGGAGUUGUCAUAUAUUGAGUUUUUGUUCAGACAAGAAAGCGCCGAAGCAGAUAGAAAACCGCAACGACACACUCAAGCGGCGACCAGUAAAAAUACAUCCGAAGGCAAAUGUGAAUACAAACACCCCAAAAGUACAUAAAUAUGUAAAGAAGCUGCACACAAGUCAUAAAUGUAAUAAAUGCCUGAAAUCAUCGAGUCACGAAUUCUCAAUGGCGAAACAAGAGUUUGGUCUGCCUAGACACGACGACACUGUGGUUGUAAUCGAAAAGGACCUCGUGGGAAGAACACCGAUGGAAGUUCAAGGUGUUAGAGUUAAAAAGGUUAUACACGACAACAGCUCUAAUAUUAAGCUGGCACACAAAAUAGUACAGAGAGCGAUGGCCGCUGUGCAUAAGAUAAUCAACAUGAACGAGAGAAAUUCCACGAAUGUCACGAAACUCUUCAAAGUCCUUCAGAAGCGUUCUAUGUCGUUGCGUGACGAUUAUGCAAGCCACCAGUCGGAUUAUAUGAGUCCACAUAUGUAUAAAAAGCCGAGCCCAAGAAGGUUUAGAAAGAAGAUCUCCGUAAAUAACAUUAAGAUUGAUAAUAAUUCAGGUAGAAAGAAACGAGUAAGACGGAACAUUCCAAAUGAAGGUAAUGCAACUCAAGGAAGGAUUCCGAGAGAUUUUAACAACUCUUUGAGCGAAACGCCACUUAAUGAAGAAUCUACGAUACGGCAGUUAAAUAAAUAUGAGUAUGUCAGAACUAAAAGAAGCACUAUGAGGGACGACGAUGCUAUUGAAUAUUUGCUAAUGCUCAUGGAAUAUCUACUGAAACAGAAUUAUCCAUUAGAUGCCGCCCCAGUUAACGACGGAAUUGAUCUGUUGAUAGACGCAAUUAAGCAUGCACCCGACAUCAAGCCGAUAAAGAAAAAAGUCCUUCACAGUCCGAUGACAAGAGUGCCAGUUAGUAGGACGACACCAAGAGUGACGGCUGAGACUUUUUCAUACGUCGAUAACAUUUAUGGAAUAGAUAGCUUAGAGAAAGAUGUUAAUGAUACCUCUCAUUCCGAAGAUAAUCAAGUAAUUUUCUCACCAGUCAUUGAUGGAGAUGACAAAAUGGAAGAUUUUCAUAAGUUACUUCAAAAUUCAAAGAAAAUUAGCAAUCCCUUCAAAAUGUUAAAAAUUAACACCGGUCGUGAUCACGGUCAGUUAGAUUUCAUGACUACAACAUCAACAUCUAUUAUCACCACUACUCCAUUGAUUAGGUACGAUUUUUAUAAAGAGAAUACUGCCAGGCCAGUUGAGAUGGUAACAUCCAUUAAAACUGACAAGCAUUCCGAUGAAGAUGAAAAAUACAAUAGCGUGGAACAUAUUAAAUCCAAUAAAAAUGAAGCAGAUCGUAAAAUACAAAGUGAAAUUGAAGAAUACUCAUCCAAUUUGAUACUUGUAACGGAGCCAGACUCCUUCCUCAUUACUUUCCCAACGAGAACAGAGCCUGUUAUAACAACGACUACUCGCAAAUUUCACCAUAUGACUAAAGAAAAAUUUGAAGAUCCAGAAACUAUGACAUAUAAGAGGAAGAAUACAAAAUCAAAGUUUGGAUGGAUCGACUACGACCAAGAGGAGAAUGUAAGUAAGCUGGUACAAAGAAAAUCUGCAGUAAGAACCACGAUUACCACUAAUACUCCGAAAAAACAAACGGACGUGAACGAUAUCAGCAGUAUAACUGAAGAGAUCAUGGACGAAACAAGCAAGAAGCACUUUAGUAAAAUGCUACCGAGUUCAGUGUUUGAUAAAUUGAAUUUGAUGCAUUCGAACGAAUACGGAACCAAAAAAUCUGAGAUAGGCUCUGAAUCGAAGGAGAUUGAGCAAGAAGAUACGUACGUGAACGACAUAUUCCCGUCGUAUUUUACA